AUGUCGAGUUUCCAGCCCGUCAACCCAAAACCCUUUCUUCAGCUGCAAACGGGCAAGCCUGUCCUAGUUCGACUCAAGUGGGGCAUGGAAUACAAGGGCUUCCUCGUCAGCACCGACAGCUACAUGAACCUUCAGCUGGCCAACACGGAAGAGUUCCAAGACGGCAAGUCCAACGGCAUGCUCGGCGAGGUCUUUAUCAGGUGUAACAACGUGCUCUACUUGAGAGAGCUGCCGGAUGAGUCGGCAUAG